AGAAAAGACGCGGAAAUAAACUAACAAAGUGAAUUAACUAAACCUAACACCAUUACUGCCUCAAACGUCACGCUCCUUGCCCUUGUCACGAACUCGAUUCCUCACUGUUCCAUCUCACCCUCCGCCAGUCGCUUCCCUGCCUCGCCCUUGGAGAAGUCAACCCCACAAAGCCUAUCACGCGCUCACGGUCCAGUUAGGCUUCACUCUUGAUUUGCUCUCGCCACUAUGCCUUUCGUGAAACUUGUGACAAACCUUCCUGAUCACAAAUUAUCUGAGGAAUUCCAUCUUGCUCUUUCCUCUAAGGUUGCAAAGGAGCUGGGUAAACCGGAGGAGCACGUGUCGACUUCGCUGGAAACUGGACGCCGCUUGAGCCGAGAGAGGUCCUUCGAGCCGGUGUGUGAGCUGCAUGUGGCCUCUGUUGGUCUGGACACCCGCGAGAAGACAAACCCACUGGCAAGAGCAAUGACUGAUUUCCUCCACCAACAGACGGGGAUUCCAACACAUAGAAUUCUCAUGAAGUUUUCCGCUCCCCUUCCAUACAUGGUCGGGCUGGAUGGUCACGUGGUAUGAUCAUGACCCUGCCCAGCUGAUCUGACCUUACCCGAUAUAACGUGACCUUGAUUUCAUCUCCUGUAAUGCCCCACCACUGAAGACAUCCUGAUAUUGAUGAUGUUAGGAAAAGUGAUGUAAUUCUCUCUCUCUCUCUCUGGUCAAUAUUCAUAAACGCUCUCUCUCUCUCUCUCUCUCUCUCUCUCUCUCUCUCUCUCUCUCUCUCUCUCUCUCUCUCUCUCUCUCUCUCCUCGUCUGUUUUGAAAGGCCACAGAGAGGGCUGGCCGGGUUCUCACGAAUGUUUCUCCUGCUCAUGAUGUAAUCUUGUGAAUCUGUCGCUGGAACCAUAAAAAACGCCAAUAAA